AUUCAUUUAUUGACUGUCAGUUCUUUAAGCGGAAGCAUCUUUCUUCGGUCAGACUGUACAUUUAAUAAAUACAUCGUUAAUCUUUGUUUUUGUUCCAUUAUAUUAAAUUUGCCUGCGCGCUUCAGAAAGGGUUUCCGAAGAAAAUGAAAUCAAUAUUGCUGAUUUCACCUGGCAAAGAAAAUGUUAAUUUUUAUCAAUAUGAAUAGCAUUAAAAAAAAAAACUCUACAUUACAAUAUUCUAACGUGCAACCCGACUGGUCGGGAUAAGUUUUAAUUAACAGCUUGUGAUAAGAGCAUUUUCAAUGCUUUCUGCUUUCCGCAGUGAAGAGCUGCGGUAAACUAAUCACCGUAUGUACAUCGAAAGCUGGUCAUCAAACGUUUUGGCGUUGGUCAUACAGUAAAUGAAAUAAAAUAACAGCGCUACCUUGACUAAAUAUUGGUUAGGGUUUUUUUGUAUUAGGGGGCUUCUUUUGCGAAUAAGCUUGGGUGUAAAUAGUAAUCAACAUGAUCGAUAGGAGUAAUUUAUUUUACUUUCUCAUUAGAACUAUUUUUAUAGUUGUCAUCAACAUCACGUUCGCAAGGCCAUGUUAACUCAACUUACGAAACUAAAGAAGAUAGGAUUGUGCUUUGAUCUAGUUCUCAGUGAUUGGAAAUUCUGGAGCCAUUUGAAAGUGUCAAAUUAUUAUUAUUCAAACGCGCUAAAAUUGAUGUCGAUUUUCACUUAUAACCUGUCAUUCAUCGAUCAAUUCGAUUUGAUUGUGUUCAGCAAAAGAGUUUAGAGGCAAGGAUGAAACGUCCAUAAGGGCUUGAACCCUAGUGAACGAUCGAAAGGAGGGAGUUUCUUACAGAAGGGAAAAAAGACGACUGUGUUUGCGGCGGUGUAACCAAGAUUUCUGUGUUACAGUAACCUUUUUAUCGCCCCACGCAUAAAUUUGUUCACAAUAUGAACAACGCAUCGACCAACAACACAGGAAGCAUCACUCAACCAAGUGUAACACUCGUUCUGUACUUCGCAACGUUCUUCAUCGGUCUUGCGGGGAAUCUUCUAGUCGUGGUGAUCAUCGUCACUCGAAAAACCAGGAAACGCAUGAAUGAUAUAUUUGUCCUUAAUCUCAGCGUAUCUGACCUGUGUCUCAUCCUGUUCUGUUUGCCAGCACUGAUUUACGUACAGCUUGUCGGUUCUGUUACAUCUCCGUUUUAUUGUAAGUUUGUAUGGCCCAUGGUUACUGUUUCGUUCUCUUCCAGUAUUUUGACCAUUACUUCCAUGGCCUGUUACCGUUGUAACGUUCUCCUUCAUCCCUUUGAACUUCCGCCCAGCGGAAAACAGGUUCUUUUGUGGAUUUCGUCAAUAUGGCUCGUCUCCUUCGUGAUUGCCAUACCUCUGAUAAUCACUUCAAAAUUUCAAGAGGAUCUGAAGGGCAGCACAUGUUACGAGGACUGGCCUAGUUUAAAUUUUAAACGAGGUUACACCGUAGCUCUUUUCAUUUUGCAAUAUCUCUUGCCAUUACUGACCAUAGCCGUCGCUUACGUACGAAUUGGUAUCGAUUUGACACGAACCAAGGUUCGGCGUGCUUCGAUUACAAGAAGAGGAGAAGUUUCGGAUCAAGGAAGCAGAGAGGAAAAUGUAAAAAUCAUAAAAAUCUUAGCAACAAUUGUAGUGUUGUUUACAUUUUGUAUGUUACCGGUGCAUAUCGCUUGGAUUUUGUUGGAUUUUGGUGGAAACAGCGAGAAGGAAAUAGCCGAAAUAAUUUUCAAAUUUUCAGAUGUCUUAGCCAUUUUACAAAGUUGCCUAAACGCAGUGAUAUACGGCGCGCUCACCAAACAUUUGCGGAGUGGAUUUGUAAAGUGCUUGUUACGGCCGCUAGCUAUUUGUUACGAUUUUCGAAAAGGUGGCGAGCAAGUCAGUUCGCAAAGAAGGCCGACAUACCAACCUUCUGGAGAGGAAUUAGAGACAUUUACUUUGGGUAGGAAAAGCACGUUCUUUCAAAAAUCAGUUGAUGUCUAGC